AUGCGCUCAAAAGGGACGCCUAAACCAAAACGAAAGAAGAAACGAAAUUCUGAGGCAACUCAAAAUGCCGCUCAAGAGGAACUUAAGUUCACUGCAAACAGCCUUAUGCAUAAACUUCGUAAACGACCUAAGAAACGAAAACUUUUACUCCCCAAUGCUAUACCUCAAAAAGAUGUCUAUCCGCAGUCGCAGCAAGGAACAGAUGAUUUGAAAUCCACUAGUGUGGCUCAGUCCGCGGAUACGAAGAAGGCGGAAAAGGCGGACAUUGUCCCGGCUCAAGUAGGAAAGGAGGCUGAACCAAAGGAGACACUUUUUCAGCAACUAAGUUUACGGCGGAAACCGAAGACAAAUGAGAUGGCAUCACAGCAGCAGGCUUCUUCAGCAGAAAAAGAACAGCCCGCUUCCCAGUCAACAACCGCCGUGGGCAGCAAAGAAGAUCCAAAGGCUAAUAAGCCUAAGGCGGAGUCAGAUUCCAAGUCGGAGUCUACACCAGCAAGCCUAUUUCAACUCUUAAGUUUUCGUGUAAAGAGGAAAAAAUCCUCUCAUCCAGGUGCGGAAGGAAAAGGAACAGAUUCAAAAGAUAGCCAAUCCAUCUCUACAAUGAAAACGUCUGAUCAAAAACAACUGAAAAGCGACGAAGUCGAUGUAGACCCCUCCAAAGAGACAAAAUCUCAAUCAGGGCCUCCAAAGGUUGAUGAAACGUUGUUUCAGAUGAUUAGCCGCCGUAUUCGAAGAAAAAAGCGUAGCAGCCCUGCAGCAAGUGAGCAACCACCGGUACAGCCACAAGAGAUCAGUAGUACAGCAACAGUGGCUAAUAAGGAACAAGCGGAGACAACAGCUGCAGCUGAUGGUAGUAAGGUGCAGGAAACCACUAAAACCUCAUCGAUCGCGCUUAAAACAGCAACUGCUGAGACCGUUCCAAAAGAAGAAAUUGAGAAAAAGAAAGAACCAGUUCCAGAAGUUGAGAAGAAAUCUGUAACACGCAGCAUUCUUAGUAAGCUUCCAUGGCCAUCUCCGAAGGCAACGACACCUACUUCAGCAGCUGUGCAAGAGCCUAAAGCGGAGGAAAAAUUACCGCAGCUGACACCUGCAAGUAAAUCCUGUUCGCUGGAAAAACGCCAGAUACUGGGAAUACUUCAACGUCUUCGCCUCAGCAAAAAGAGAUUUACCGGAUCUGAUAGCGAGUUAAAUUACCCAUUAGGUUCGCUUCUCACUGGCUUGCGCAAAUCUGAAUCAGAAACAUCCAACGUUUCAUCUGCUAAAUUGAGCUCUACAGAUGUUGACAAGUCACUUUUUAAACGUUUUCUUCUGAGGAAAACUAAACAGCAGACACCAACAAAAGCAACGUCUGAAAAUGAUGUAAAAACUGCGAAUGCAUCAGUUGGAUCGCCUAUUGUUAAUACAACACAAGGAACCUCUGUGGAAGCUAAAGGAACAGCGGAUUCCGCUGAUUCGAAAAAGAACCAAGAUACAUCGGUGAUUGGAGAAGUCCGUUUAAUGCAUGAAAAAGUCAAAAAAAGAGCAAAAGGUCUUUGGAGAAAGUAUAUAACAAAAGAAACACCUUCAACCCAGCCGGAAAGUACAGAACCACAAGACCAAGCAGCCCCAGAUAAAGCUAAAGAGCUCUCACAAAAACAGGAUGAGAAUGAAAAAGAAGCGAAGACACCGCCGCCGCCUGAUGACGCUCUAAAAGAAGAGGAAAAGAAGUGA